AUGCAAGUGUGCCAUAUCUUGCGGGCCAAUGUCUCUAGAACUGCGUUUCUCAAUCGAAGGUCCUUUGAAAGACUAGAUACGAUGCCAGCUACAGUGUUCCAAUAUUACUAUCAACUACAAGUGAAGAACCUCCAUUUCAACGUACCUGAGGCUGAUCUAAUUUGCUGGAUCAAUAGAAAUAGCUCAUUCAGACGUUACAAACGAAAAGAGUGGGAAUCACUGUCGUUGUCCAAGAAAAGAAUAUACCACGCGCUGUAUUUCCAUUUUACAGGGCUAAGUUAUCGAACUAUCGGCCACGAGGAGCUAGCUAGAAAGCUCGAGUAUCCUAUACCGGCUGCCAGUGAUUAUUUGCUGUUCAGAAAUGGGUUCAAGGCCAAAUUUGAUCUCUUGUGGGAGGAACAACAGAAACACGACGUAAUGAAGCGCACACCGAAACUGAUGCUCCGAUCAGGAUCAUCAGGACUGGUCAAAAAAACGCGGUUUUUAGCAGCUAAGGCAGGAAAAACGGAUUCGGAUCUCACUAGACGGUUUCACGAUAUGUGUCGCGAGUGUAGGAGGAUCUGGCGCGAAGAGGUUGAUAACAUUCAAAGAACAGAGAUAGCAGAGAAACUGCGAGAGGAGCGCAGAUUCUUCGAAAAACUGAUGAGCAAAGAAAUCGAGAUUCUGGAUAGCCUUCAGGGUUCGCUCGUGAAAAAUUUGAGAGCUCUGAAUACGCCUAGCUGCCAGGAGUUCGACUUUGAGAAAAGGUCGUUUGAGCAAACUACGGGCAGUUUGGCUUUCUUAAUGACUCGUAGCAGCAAGGAUUGA